ACCGAGUUCGAGUACACCGGAAAGAAAGAAAGUGGACUCCCACCUCUCUCUCUCUCUCACUAGUGUUUUAUACAUACAGAAUGUGUAUGUAUAUCUAUAGCUAUCGUUGAGAGAGAGUAGUGGUUCCAAUCGGAUCGAACUCACCGGAAAGUUCACCGGAGGAAUCGCCGGCGCAGAGCUUCUCUCUUCGAUCGGCGAGUGAGUGAACACCAUGGGCUGUACUGGAUCGUCGCUUGCUGAAGGAGACGGCGGACACCCAAGACAUAUGUUAUUGUCAAGUAGUGGAAAAUUUCUACCAUGACUUAUGAAAGUAUUAAGAAAGUAAGAAAGCCAAAGCCUUGGAAGCAUUCGGAACCAAUUACGAGAGCACAACUCAAACAGCUGCGUGAGGAGUUCUGGGACACAGCUCCACACUAUGGUGGCCGAAAAGAAAUUUGGGAUGCACUCCGAGCUGCUGCCGAGGCUGAUUUAACCCUUGCACAAGCAAUUGUGGACAGUGCUGGUGUCAUUGUUCAAGCCCCAGACUUGACAAUUUGCUAUGAUGAGAGAGGUGCAAAGUACGAGUUACCCAAGUUUGUUUUGAGUGAGCCGUCUAACUUGAUCCAUGAAAGUUGACAAUGGAGAAACUAAGUAAGGUGAUUUGAGACUGUAAAUCAUGUAAAUUAAAUCAGUAUCCUUUUCUUUCUAAAAUGAUAGCUUUGCCUGAUACUCGUCAUUCUCAUGUCCGUUACCAAAAGCUCACUCAAAGUUUUCUGCAACGAACUAUAGCUACACAUAUCAUGGAAUGUUUUUGGAUAUAUUUGACUGGAAUAUGUAGCAUGGCAAUUUUUUUAUCAAUGGGUAUAUUGUUGUUCCA